AUGUGGGUAUACCCAUUUGGCCAACAAAUAAACUCGCGGGGGGAAGAAGACUACAAAAAGUGCAUCACCCCCGUCGAUUUAAGGGACCACUACGAAAAUUACAAACACAGCAGUAGGAGCAAACAAGUGAAGGAGGUUGUUCGGAGAAAUGCCAAACGGCAAAACAGCUUGAUUUUUUUCCCAUUCGAUAUACGCAAUAAUUUAUUAGUCAAACACAGGUUUGGAAUUUUCGUGCCGUAUUUAUAUGUGCACCACUGCGCUGAAAGGGGGACCAACACGGGCACCUGUUCACAGCUGAAUUUAAGUCCCGCCAAUUUGGUCAUGGACACAGUAUACAAUUUUUCCUUUACCGAACGGGAAAAUAUUUUUUUCAUUCCUCUCCUUGCAUAUAAUAAUUAUGGCGCGCGUGUUGGCAGUGGAAAGGGCUACUACGAUAGAGCAUUUAAUCAGGGGGGAGAGGAGGAGGAAAAAAAAAAAAACGUAAAGAUUUCUCUCUCAUUAGAGGUUCUUAUGUACGAAAUUGACUUUUUGGAGCCCACGGACAUCCUUCUGGAUUAUGUAGUAAAUGAAAGGGGCGUCUACCACUUCGUCUCCUGA